CGUGUCUUGCAACACAACCGUUCAUGCAUGAAGGCAUACGAGUACAUGGGUUUCAUCAUGGAGAAGGAGCAGAGUUAUCGAGAUGCUGCUUAUAAUUAUGAACAGGCCUGGAAAUUUAGUGGCAGCACAAAUCCUAUGAUUGGUUACAAGCUUGCUUUCAAUUAUAUGAAAGCAAGACGGUUCGUCGACGCAAUAGAUGUUUGUCAUAUUGUUCUUGCCAAACAUCCUGAGUACCCAAGAAUACGUAAAGACAUUUUGGACAAGUCACGAGCCAGCAUUCGCAUCUGAGUGAAGUUAGAACAAGAAUAGUACAGGUUGUACCUCUCUAGUCCGGCAACCUCGGGACCUGACCGGUGCCGGACCAUGGAAAUUCACCCUUUUCCUGGAUAGAUAGUGACUUGUGCUUAUGCUUG